AUGAAGCCGCCGUUCGCAAAGGCGGCUGCAGAGCAGCGGUCCAGAACAGGCUCAAGGCAUGCCGGUGUGCCGGUUUCCGUGAUGAAGAGAAAGGCUGCACACAAGAAACACAGGAGCAGACCCCCCUCCCAGCCUCAGAGGAACAUCGUGGGCUGCAGAAUUCGGCACGGAUGGAAAGACGGAGAUGAGCCUCUAGUACAGUGGAAGGGAACCGUUCUGGAUCAGGUACCUGUAAAUCCCUCUCUGUAUCUUAUCAAAUAUGAUGGCUUUGACUGUGUUUAUGGACUGGAACUGCAUAAAGAUGAAAGAGUGUCAUCACUUGAAGUCUUUCCUAAUAGAAUUGCAUCAUCUCCCAUCAGUGAUUCACACUUAACAGAAAUUCUGAUUGGCAAAGCAGUGGAACAUAUUUUUGAGACAGAGGAAGGUUCCAAAAAUGAAUGGAGGGGGAUGGUCUUGGCUCAGGCACCUGUCAUGAAAACAUGGUUUUACAUUACCUAUGAGAAGGAUCCUGUUUUAUAUAUGUACCAGCUCUUAGAUGAUUAUAAAGACGGUGACCUACGCAUCCUUCCUGAGGCCAAUGAUUCUUCUCCUGCAGAGAGGGAGCCAGGAGAAGUCAUAGACAGCCUAGUAGGUAAACAGGUGGAAUAUGCCAAAGACGAUGGCUCCAAGAGAACUGGCAUGGUCAUUCAUCAGGUAGAAGCAAAACCCUCUGUGUACUUCAUCAAAUUUGACGACGAUUUCCAUAUCUAUGUCUACGAUUUGGUAAAAACAACCUAGAAGUCAUCUUGAAAUUUGCCAAAUAUGUGAGACUAUUUGUAAAAUCUGUGCACACACCAAGUCUUUGAUUGCUUUCCAAUUUGUAAGAACCAUCUUCUCGCUUUCUGCAUGCUUUUUGCCUGGCCAAAGAAAAAGGAACUGAGACUCAGACAUUUUUGGAAGAAAGCUUUUGCCCUUCUCUCCAUCCUUUUUUUACAGGUUCCUUCCCACAGGAGAGUGAUUGAUUUAUCUAAUUAGUGAGAAGGGUAAAGUCUGACAUCCAUUGGCCCAUACGUCUAUCUUUGCUGGUGUUAAUAGUUUAAAUGUAGGUGAACACCUGUUGCCUCAUUCUUUUGGGCGCUCGGACUCUCUCUACUCAUUGAACUAUGAAGCUUCCGGAGAUAUUAGGUAUGACUGGCUGGAGCCUUCUAGGGUCAAAAGCAGAACUGCUCACCAGUCUUCCACAGAUGGAAGCAGGAUAUUCCUAAGAUAAUGUUGGUCUUCCCCAUAGGGGACAGCCAUAGUCUUGGGUGUUGACCACUAUGGCUUAGAGAACAAAAAUGUCCAUGGAUAUGAUGUGAUCUAUCUUAUGUCUCUCUCCAUGUUCCUGACUCAAGAAAAAAUAAAAUAAAAUAAAGGACUCUCACAAGUAUUUGAAAGAAAACUUCUACCCACCUCCACUUGCCCCUCAUUCAGUCUUCCUUCUGGGAGGAGGAAUAACUUGGUAAAAUUGAAAAAAAAGGGUUAGUAUGGAUAAGCAGCCUAGUCCUCUCUUGGCUCUUCAGCUCAUUUUCUCACAGCAUGGUACGGGAAAGAAGGUAGCCCUUCACUACAUGGCUGAGUAAAUGUCUACUUUCCCCUUGGGGUAGAACUACAUUCCAGGCUCAGGUCCAAAGCAUGUUCUCCAGUCUAGAUCUAUCAGUAAUAAAGCUGGUAUCGAUUUUUCUCUUUUAAAAAUGUUAAUAUAUAAAUUGUUUUUGGAGAAAAACACCUGUUUCUGGUAAAAAUGCAAUGGUACUAAAGGUUAUAAAGUAAAAACUAAUUUUCUUUCCCCCUUCUCCUCCUUACCUCAGUCCCUCAGUCCCACUUUUCAAAGGUAACCACUGUUACCAGUUACUAUGUAUGCUUUCAGAGAUAAUCCAUGUAUGUACAAGCAUAUUAUGUAUGUAUGUGUGUAUAUCAGUUUUUUAUACUAAUGGUGGCAUAUUAUACAUGCUGUUCUGAAUUUUGCUUUUUCACUUAACAAUAUAUUAAAGCUGAUAUUUAAUCCCA